AUGGCGCGGCGCGGCCGCUUCCAGCGCCUCUUCGGCCGCAGCGAGUCGGAGGACUCGGAGACCGAGGGGCCGGCGGCCGCCGCUGCCCCCCGCCGCCGCCCCUCCGCCGCCGCCGCGCCCAAGCGGCGCCCCGCGUUCCCGCACUGGCGCCCCAAGAAGAAGGAGCAGCAUCCCCGGGAGGGCGGCGGUGCCGCGCCCGCCUGGAGCCCGCCGCCCGCCCCGCACCUCGAGUGCCCGGCCCCGCGCGGCCGGCAUGGGGGGGCGGCCGGGUCACGGCCGCUCUACACCCUCCUGCCCCGCAGCCAUCGUGCCGGGCGGGGACGAGCCGGUGCCCGUGCCCUGCGCCGCCCCUCUCCCGGCCCGGGCGCCGGCUCACGCCGGGCAGCCCGCACUGCAGCUCGCCGGGGCGGCGGCGGCGCGAACCGCCCUUCUCCAACCCUCGGUGCUUUUCCCUCAACAUCAAAGGGCGUCGGUUUUGCCCGGGGCGGCGUUUUGCCCUCAAUAACAAGGCGGCGGCAGCCGCAGCGCGGGCUGCUGGGGCACCUACGGGGCACGGCGCCCACUCGCGCCCCGCCGCCCCCUCGACGGCCUCACCCGUGGCCGGGGGCGCCCGCGCUUCGCUGCCCCGCGGCCCUCGCUGGGGGCCGGUCCGGCGCUGCCGCCGCCCCUCCCUCCGCGGCCGGGAGGGGCGGCCCGCCAGGUAGAGCCGCUGCCCGCGGCGGGGCGGUGGCUCGGGGCGGGCUGCGGGGGCGGGCCGGGGCGGAGCGCACAGACGGCCGGCGCCGGGGCAGCCGCGCUACGGGUAGCGGCGGCUCCACCUCACACCUUCCAGAUUCUUCCAGAGAAGAAAAUAAAAAGAAACCUGUUUUGGAAAGACUUGGAAAUUUGUUUGGUACAGGGAAGAGGAAAAAUGUCAAAAGUUCACUAGAACACACUUCACGUCACAAGGGUGAGAGGUCAGGCUCUCCUCACGGGGCGCAGGCAGUGUACUGUAGGCACUUCCGAGAAGGACACGAAGCUCCUCAAGCAGAGAACCAAGUGAGAAACGUAAGUGCCCUUCCUGAGGCACAGGAAUAUAAUUUCAGUGGGGAGGUAAGACCGCUGUAUCACGAUACGAUUUCAGAAUGGAGCAGUAGGGGAGUCUCUUCUGACAGCGAGUGGUCAGCAGAUUGGAGCGGCAGCAGCGAAACCAUUAAAAACUCUUUCUGUGAGAGCAGCCUGAAUGUGGAAACGCUGGGGCUGGAGAAAGAAUCCGUCACAGAUAUAAAUAAUUCCACAACUCCAGAUUUCAUACAGAGCUUGAGAAAUCUGUCUAGUGAAGACUUAGAAAAGAGUAUCUUAAGUCACAAGCAGCUCGUGAACACGUGGGUGUCUGAGGAGCCCGGGCAUGCAAAACCAAAGGAUUUGCCAUACGAGUUGGAAUCUGCAGCGAGUGAGCACGCAUAUUCUGCUAGAGUGUUAACUGUUGAUAUCUAUCUAAGAAAAACAGAGGAACUCCUUAAUGAACCUGUGACUCUUAAAUUGGAAGAAAAUUGCAGUGAUUUGGACACAAUGGAUAAAAAAUCUGCUAGUAAAAGAUCUGGAAAACGGAGAAAGUCUCAAUCAUCUAGUGACAUUCCAAAUGGAGAGAGAAACCAGACUGAGAAUACUGCGAGGGAAGAAUCUGGUUUUGAGGAUGAUGCCCAGUCUGAGGUGUUUUCAGACAAGAUAAUAAACCCUGAACGAAAAGUGAGGUCUCUUCAGCAGACUCCUGAAAGAAAUUCCUCUUUCUCAGGUAGCAAUCAGGACCUAAAAGUUGGAUCUGCUCACAAAGGGGCAUCUAAAGCUGAAGCUGACAAGGGCAAGCAGCAGAUCUCAAACACAAGCUCUGCAAGGAGAAGAUCAUAUAAAAAGAAUCAGUCGGAUACUGUACCCAUCUCCCCUACUGGUUUGAAGGGUCAGGUGAAAGAUUACUCUUCAAAAAGGCAACCUUUAGCAUCUCCAGAGACUAACCCAGUGACAAAAAGAACUUCAGUGGAAAAGGGAGCUAUACCUGUGGCUUUUGGGGAAGACAGUUUGGAGUCUCCCAAAGCUUCUUUGGCUGCUAAGACAGAAGACUUGGUGUUUGCUGAAGGCAGAAGUGAUACCAAGGCAAUAAAGAAUGGUAAUGGUCCAGAUGGAAGAGCUUUCUUGCAUACUGAUGGGAUUAAAAAUGGAGACCUGUGUCUGUCAGCUGAGAGACAGACAAAUUCUGAUUUAGACACCUCGAAGCUGAAGAGUUUGGAUUCUUCCAGAACAGUCAUGACAAAGAUUAGCCUUCCAGCCAAACCGAAGAACAUAGAGCUGAAUUUUAAAACACCUACGAAUCAAGACAGUUUAGAAAGUGAGCAGGACACUCUUGAAAAACCAGUUAAUAAAACUAACAGCAACAUUGCCAACAAAAUUUCCUUGUUUGAAAACAAAUGUGCUAGCCAGAGCCAGAGACCUACUGACAUCCCUGCUUCAAAAAAUAAUGCUGUACCAAGCACAUUCGUUGGCAGAGCAAAGCUGAAAUUUGGAAAACAACCUAAAGAAAAUGAACAGCCUGAUAAAACAUUAAAUAAGCAAAGCAGCCGCCAGAAGUUAUUUGAGAAUGGCACACUGGAGAAAGAAAGCACUGCAGAGUUAAAAGGCAAAAAUGGAGAAAUCUUUACCUCUUAUGAGGAUAUUGGGAAGACAACAGAACUUAAAGUAAAAGCUGCCAUAUCCCUUUUUAACCAAAGCAGCAAAAGUGAUGCUGGUAGUGUCUCUCUGAAGCAAUCAGAAUCAGAAUUAACCACAGCAAAGAAAGAAAGUUCACCUUUUAAACUGCCUUUGCACUCACCUGUAAAAACUGAAAAUGCUCAAGAUCCUUUCUACCAAAGAAAUUACACAAGCUCAGAAUUCCAUAGAAAUGAAGAAAAAGUGCUGCCAAACACAGAGGCUUUAUCACCAUGCAAUGAUGAUAAAUAUCCUCUACCAUCUCAGGUUUCCAGAUCAGAAUUUAAGAAGAUGGAAAAUGGAGAUAAAAAGAUAAAGCCAGGAGAUUUGAACUUUGCACCACUUGAGUAUGAUGACAGCAAUCAAGACAGUGUAUUGGAAUCAGAGCACAACACCAAUACACAAAAGAGCCCAGGGGAAGCCUGUAAUGGAUCUGCUGAAGACGACAGCAUUUUUGAUUCCCCAUCUGACAUGAAGAAGUUUGCUGAAACAAUAAAAAACUUAGACAGCUCAGUUUGUUUACCCCAGAAAAAGAAGAGGUCAAAGCUUCCCAAGUCUCCAGCACCCCACUUUGCAAUGCCUCCCAUUCAUGAAGACAACUUAGAGAAAGUAUUUGAUCCCAGUGUAUUUACUUUUGGUUUGGGACUGAGGAGGGAAAAAACACAGGAUCUGUUACCAGCACAACAAAUGAAAAUGCAAAGCCUGGAAACAAUAGCCAGAGUCAGGCCCAAGCGUGCAUCAACAGAGCAAAGUAUCAUAUUCAAAGCUCUGCAGUCAUGUAGAGAGGAACCUGCCUUUACUCAGGAAAUAAAUGGAAAAGAGAACAUUGACUGUACAGAUGGUGAAAUUAAGAGAUCACGGCUUGAAAAAAGUUCCCUCUUCUCAAGCUUGCUGUCUUCUAAAGAAAAGUUUUUUAGCCCUUCUGUCACUCCAGUAAAUAACACAACAGCUUUUGCAAGUGACUCCUCGGGGAUGCCUGCUUUACAACAGGAUGUUUCUGGGCCAUUCAUCAUGCCUCAAAAAUCUGAGUCUCUUUCAGAUGUGAAGUUUCCAAGUUUUGUGGAGAAGUACCUACAAGCAGAUAGUGCCAAAAAAGAGCUAAGUUUACAAAUGCCCAACUAUGGCAAUCCUGAGAAAAGUUUUUCGAGCUGGUUAGGAACAAGCAGAUAUGAAUCGAAUGUCCCUCCUGGUUUAUUAGAUGUGGAUACACUUCCAAGAAAUGGACAAAGUAAAAUCAAUCCCAGACCUGGCAAGCUGGUGAUAUGCUGUGACUCAGACUGUCAAAAAGCUGGCAUUGAAGUUUUCCAUGAUGUUCCAGAUUGCAGUUCUUGGGUUCUGUCACCAACAAUUUUAGUUAAAGUCAUCAGAGGAUGCUGGAUACUCUAUGAAAAACCAAAUUUUGAAGGCCCCUCUAUUCCAUUGGAAGAAGGAGAGUUGGAACUCACAGAUAUUUGGGGUGCAGGUGCUUCUGAAGAGGAAAGUGACUGCACGUCUCAAAAGCCUGCAGUGAUCGGUUCAAUAAGACAUGUUGAUUACAGGGUUUGCCGAAUUGAUUUGUAUACAGAGCCUGAAGGGUUAGGAAUCGUGACUUCCUUUUUUGAUGACACUGAAGAAACAGGGGUGUUUGGAACCACUCAGAAGACUUGUUCUAUUAAAGUGCAUUGGGGCAUAUGGCUUCUUUAUGAAGAACCUGGUUUCCAGGGAGUCCCUUUGAUGUUGGAGCCUGGUGAAUAUCCUAAUUUAUUAUUCUGGGAGAAGAAGGAAGCCUACAUUAGGUCCAUGAGACCCUUGAAAAUGGGUGGUCGCAAAGUUGAAUUCAGUGGGGAGCCAAAGAUAAUUGUUUACGAGAAGCCUUUCUUUGAAGGAAAGCAUGUGGAAAUAGAAUCAGAAGUCUUUAUGCUUGAUGACAAGGAAUCAGAAGACAAGACACGACUUCCACUUACAUCAGUGGGAUCCAUGAAAGUACUGGGAGGAGUCUGGGUUGCUUACGAGAAGCCUGGGUUUGAAGGCCACCAGUACCUGCUGGAAGAAGGAGCGUAUCGGGAUUGGGCAGACUGGGGUGGCUACGAUGAGGAGGUGCAGUCCCUGCGACCAAUUGUUGGGGAUUUCACAAGUUCUCAUAUGAUAAUGUACAGUGAAAAAGACUUUGGAUCAAAGGGUUCCAAUAUCAACGUGUUAGGUAUCAUUUCCAAUUUGAAAGACACUGGAUAUGGGCUGAGGACACAGUCUAUAAAUGUGCUAAGUGGCGUAUGGGUGGCUUAUGAGAAUCCUGAGUUUACAGGGGAGCAGUAUAUACUGGCUAAAGGGCUGUAUCCCAGCAUUGAGGCAUGGGGGGGAAAGAAUUGCAAAAUAUCUUCAGUUCAACCCAUUGUUAUGGAUAUUGCUGGAAGCGAAAGGGGUAAAGUCAAGGUCCAGUUAUUUUCAGAGCCUGAAUUCAAGGGUAACUGCCAAAUAUUUGAAAAAAACACAAGAUGUAUUGAUUCAUUUGCUGUGAAGUCUUCAAAAAUUUUAGAUGGCAGCUGCAUAGUGUAUGACCAGGAGGAAUUUGCUGGUAACCAGUAUGUGUUGGAAGAAGGGAUCUAUCCUGAUCUGACAGCAAUGGGUUGUUCACCCCAAGCAGUUCUAAAAUCUUUACAGAUCAUAAAUAUUGAGCUGUCUGAGCCCUGCAUAGCUCUUUUUGAAAAGACGGGUUUCCAAGGAAAGAAAAUCGAGUUCAGUACAGAAAUCUUAAAUCUGCAGUUCCUGGGAUACAAUCCUCGCAUAGCUUCAGUUCAAGUCCUUGGUGGCAUAUGGAUAAUUUAUGAACAGAGUAAUUACAGGGGACGUCAGAUGAUGCUAACACCAAAUGAAAUUCCAGAUUGGUAUAAAGCCAGUGGCUUUUGUCAGAUAGGUUCUCUGAGACCCUUACUGCAGAAACGUGUGUACUUCAGGCUUCGAAACAAGGAAACAGGAAAAUUUAUGUCAGCUGAUGGCAACCUAGAUAAUCUGAAUCUUCUCAGAAUUCAGGUUGCAGAAGAUACAGACUCAGAUGAUCAAAUCUGGGUUUAUCAGGAUGGAUUCAUAAGGUGUCGGAUGGCAGAGGAUUGCUGCUUGACAAUUGUUGGAAAUCUUAUAACUCCUGGCUCUAAACUCGGUCUGUCAUUUGAGCGGAAUGAAGACAAACAAUAUUGGCAUAUUAGUCCCGAUGGCAGAAUUUAUAGCAAGAUGAAACCCAAGCUGGUUUUAGAUAUCAAAGGAGGCACUCAGUAUGACAGCGACCAUGUUGUCGUCAACACAGUCAGCGAAGAAAAGUUAACGCAGUGUUGGGAACCACUGGUUGUAUAA